CCCUUCCCAGAUGCCUGGGUCCGCUCCGUGUCUGGGGGUGGGGGAAGUCCGGACGCCUGGGUCUGCUCCGUGUCUGUGAGGGUCGGGGGAAGCUUGGACGCCUGGGUCAGCUCCGUGUCUGGGCGGGGAGCCCAGAUGCCUGGGUCUGCUCCGUGUCUGAGGGGGCGGGGGGAGGCCGGAUGCCUGGGUUCUGUUUUUGGCUGUGGGGCUGUACUGGCUCCCGGUUGAUUUGAGGGGGUGCCCCAUGUUCCCUUGUAGGGAGGAGCCCUGCAUCCGGCCCUGCCAUGGAGACUCUGAUCCCCGUUAUCAACAAACUGCAGGAGAUUUUCAACACGGUAGGGGCCCAGGUGAUCCAGCUGCCCCAGAUCGUGGUGAUUGGGGCCCAGAGCAGCGGGAAGAGCUCAGUUCUGGAGAGCAUUGUGGGUCGCGACUUCCUGCCCCGGGGCUCAGGCAUUGUCACCCGGCGUCCCCUGGUCUUGCAGCUGGUGAAUGUGCCAUUUCUGGAGGAGCGGCAACAUGCAGCCAGUGGGGAGACAAGUACCCUGGCCGAAGAGUGGGCAACCUUCCUGCAUUGCAAGCACAAGACCUUCACCGACUUCAGUGAGAUCCAGCAGGAGAUUGAGACUGAGACCGAGAGGACGACAGGAACCAACAAGGGGAUCAGCCCGGAGCCCCUGUAUCUGAAGAUCUACUCCCCACAUGUCCUGAACUUGACACUGGUCGACCUGCCGGGGAUCACCAAGGUGCCUGUGGGGGACCAGCCCCCCGACAUUGAGGGCCAGGUGCGGGAGAUGAUCCUAUCCUAUGUCUCCAAUCCGAACUGCCUGAUCCUGGUUGUGACAGCUGCCAACACCGACGUGGCCACCUCUGAGGCGCUCAAGCUGGCCCGGGAUGUUGACCCCGAUGGAUGCCACACACUGUCCGUGGUCACCAAGCUGGACCUGAUGGACGCUGGGACGGAUGCCAUGGACGUUCUGAUGGGCCGGAUCAUCCCUGUCAAACUGGGCAUCAUUGGGGUGGUGAACAGGAGCCAGCACGACAUCAACACUUGGAAGAGCAUCACUGAGUCACUGCAGGAUGAGCAGGUCUUCCUGCAGAAGCAAUACCCAUCGCUGGCCAACCGCAACGGCACCCGGCACCUGGCCAAGACCCUCAACCGGCUGCUGAUGCACCACAUCCGGAAUUGCCUGCCGGAGCUGAAAACCCGGGUGAAUGUGCUGACGGCCCAAUAUCAGUCAGUGCUGCAGAGCUAUGGGCAGCCCAUCGAGGACAAGAAUGCCACGCUGCUGCAGAUCAUCACCAAGUUCACCACCGAGUACUGCCACACCAUCGAGGGCACGGCCCGGAACACUGAGACCUCAGAGCUCUGCGGGGGUGCCUGCAUGGGCUACAUCUUCCACGAGACGUUUGGCCGGACGUUGGAGUCCAUCGACCCGCUGGCUGGGCUCACGAUGCUGGACAUCCUGAUGGCCAUUCGCAAUGCCACAGGCCCCCGUCCCGCCCUCCUCAUGCCUGAGGUCUCCUUCGAGCUGCUGGUGAAAUGUCAGAUCAAGCGUCUGGAGGACCCGAGCCUGCCCUGUGUGCAACUGGCGCUGCAGCUCCUCAUGCACAUCAUUCAGCACUGCUCCACCUACAACACACAGGAGCUGCUGCGCUUCCCCAAACUGCAUGAAGCGAUUGUGGAGGUGGUGACAGGCGUCCUGCGGCAGAGGCUGCCCAUCACCAACGAGAUGGUUCAUAAUCUGGUUGCAAUCGAGCUUGCCUAUAUUAACACCAAGCACCCGGACUUCAUGGACACAGCGCUGGUGUCUGCCUCUGUCAGCACCAGCAAGCCCAUGCCGGCCACAUGGAAGCUGAGCCAGCAGGAGCAGUGGGAUUGUGAGGUGGUCUGCAGACUCAUCAAAUCCUAUUUCCUCAUUGUGCGCAAAAGGAUCCAGGACAGCGUCCUCAAGACAAUCAUGCAUUUCCUGGUGAACUAUGUCAAGGACCAUCUGCAGAGCCAGCUGGUUGGACAGCUAUACAAGCAGGAGCUGCUGGACAUGCUGCUUACAGAGUCAGAGGACAUGGCACAGCAGCGCAAGGAGGCUGCUGGGCUGCUCCAGGCUUUGCAGCGAGCCAGCCAGACCAUCUCUGAGAUCCAGGAGACGCAACUCUGGUGAGGAUGGCUGGAGAAGCUGAGUUUCGAGACACCACACACACCCCUCCCUCUGGUUCUUUGCUGCCUAUAUAUCUGAGCCGGUAUGAUGGUGGGUUGGUGUUAUGGAAUAAAACCUGU